GUGAGUUCAUCUCCCUCCUCCACAUUAUCUAUCACUCGAAACCCCGAUUUCAUACUCUGUCACUACGACGCGUCAACUACACGCCCCAUCCCCGGAGAGAAACCAUGGCAGGGACUUUUGUGCAAGCUCAAAUCCCACAGCAGAAGCUCUACGACGGAGUUCGAUUCCCGGCGGUUCUAUCUCCAAGUCCGGCGGUUCCCUUCACUCUCUCUGCUUUGACCAAAACCAUCGAAGCCCAAAGACCGUAUCUCGAGGCCCUGCUACGAGAAUCCGGGGCCGUACUCUUCAGGGGCUUUCCGCUAAAUUCAGCUUCCGACUUCAACGACGUCGUUGAGGCUUUCGGGUUCGAGGAGCUUCCCUAUGUUGGCGGAGCCGCCCCGCGGACCAACGUUGUGGGCCGGGUUUUUACCGCUAAUGAGUCACCGCCCGACCAGAAGAUUCCAUUUCACCACGAAAUGGCCCAUGUGCCAGAGUUUCCCUCCAAGUUGUUCUUUUUCUGUGAAGUGGAGCCUGGAAGUGGAGGAGAAACUCCUAUUGUUCUGAGUCACAUUGUGUAUGAGAGGAUGAGAGAUAAGUAUCCGGAAUUUGUCGAGAAAUUGGAGGAGCAUGGGUUGAUAUAUACUCGGGUUUUAGGCGAAGGAGAUGACCCUUCUUCUCCGAUUGGCCGUGGCUGGAAGUCUACAUUCUUGACCAAAGACAAGGGCAUAGCUGAGGAGAGGGCUGCUAAGCUUGGGAUGAAGUUAGAAUGGUUGGAAGAUGGGGUGAAAUCAAUAAUGGGGCCAAUCCCGGCCGUCAAAUACGACAGCACAAGGCAGAGGAAGAUUUGGUUCAACAGCAUGGUAGCUGCCUAUACGGGCUGGAAAGAUGCUAGGAAUGAUCCUCUGAAGGCUGUUACCUUUGGCGAUGGCAAUCCGCUGCCCGCGGAUGUCAUCUACGACUGCUUGAAGAUUCUUGAAGAGGAGAGUGUUGCCAUUCCUUGGCAGAAAGGUGAUGUUUUGCUGUUGGAUAAUUUGGCUGUCCUUCACUCUCGGAAAUCAUUCAGUCUGCCUCGCAGAGUGCUAGCUUCACUCUGCAAGUAGUUUAGGGAUGUGUAUGUAUGUACUAUCACUAUGUGCUAUGUCCUCUUCCUCAUGUUCAAUUCGCACGCUAAUAUGUAUCAUCACGACUAUGUCCUCCUCUUGGAGAAAUACUAAUGAAUCUGCCAGGUAAAAGUUUAUGUAAUAAAUAACCGUAUAGUGAUAUAAG